GCCUUUCUUUGUGGGAGCUGUGCAGAGUUUCCACCCGUCCCGUCAGACGACCGGUCUUCUCAACCCGUCACCCGUGCACCACCGCCGAGCAGUCUGACCAUCGGCGGCUGAUGAUCCUCGCCGACUUACCGCAGACCAUCAGAACUGUGGCAGGAGGUGGACCUAGAUUGGGCCCCUACGCUUUUGCUCGACUACAGCGCAAAACAUGGAGAUCCCGGAUGCCACGCUCGCGUGGCAAAACGAAGGUAGCAGGCGCGUGCAGCUCAAGCACAGCAUGUAGCCGAGGCAGCGGAAACUGUGGAGGCGACGAACCCGGACGUCGUUGCUGCUUCUCAGUUGCCUUCACUGCGUAUGGACGAUGAAGACGGCGAAAAAGGGAGUUCCCGGUCGGCACGAGGAAUCGCUCUGUUCCACACCGAGCGAAGCAUCACAUUGCUGGGAGCACAGAAAAAGUGGCGCGCCGAGCUGUCGACACCGUUCCGAUAGCCGCUUAUGCAGCCAGGUAUACUGUGCAAGUUGUACUGCUGAUGCACCGGCAAGAGCGCUCCUCCAGAACAGCGUCCAGUUUAAUGGCUACCAUGGCUGCAGCUGGUGUCUUCACCCAGGGAAGAGUGUAGAUGGAACCAUCAAGUACCCAGCAGACAACAUUCCCAAGGAGCGAACGCAUGACCUAACACUUCAACAAAUGGCUGAAGCUGCAUCAUAUGGGACAUCAAUCAGUGGUAUCAAAGGGCCGUCUCCUCUCAUCAACCUGAGACACUUCGAUAUAAUUUGGGGAUUUACUCCUGAUUAUAUGCACUGUGUGUUGCUUGGAGUGACUCGGCAGCUCACUGAUCUGUGGCUAACAGAUGUCAAUGAACCAUAUUAUAUUGGGGCACCACAGGUUUUGAACUCCAGCCUCCAAAGUCUAAAGCCGCCACUCUGCUUUGUUCGCCUUCAGCGUUCUUUGGCUUUGAGAAAGUAUUGGAAAGCUACAGAAUGGCAACAGUGGCUUUUGUAUUUUGCACUUCCAUGCCUUCAAGGAAUUUUGCCAUCAGAAUAUAGGAUACAUUUCUCACUUUUUGUAAAAGGCAUUUGCCUCUUGCUCAAGGACUGUGUGUCUUCAAGAGAUGUCACGGAAAGCACACAUUGCCUUGCGAGAUUUGUUGUAGACACACAGUUUCUGUACAGCAAGAAGCAGAUGACUUUUAAUAUGCAUCAAAUCAUGCACUUGCCAAAGAGUGUAGUUCUUCAGGGACCACUUUGGGCACAUUCGUGCUUUGCAUUUGAAACAAACCUUGGUAAGCUGAAAGAGCUAGUGACAUCAGCCAAAGGUGUUUCAUUGCAAAUUGUUGAACGUUUGCUGAUGAGUAACAGCAGCAAAAAACUGAAAGCAUUGGCCACCAUUAAAACACAGAAAUUCAUGUCAAAAACUAAGAAAGCCUCAUGCAAGAAUGCAGUGCCGCAGUUAGGCAAACCACGAGAACUGCAUGAACCACUCCUUGGCUUUGUUAAGUCUAAGCUUGGUGACAUUAUAAGCGAUCCUAUUGUUGAACACGACAGAGUUGAAGUCUGUGGGUAUGUGUUUCACAGUAAACAGUACAGCAGGCCACACAAGACAGAUUCCACGGCUCUCAUGGCCUUUUCGGGUUUUUUGUAAAGAUUGAGCACAUAGUGUCCUUUAAGAUACAUCAGCUAACGUAAGGUAUUUUGCAGUGUGCAAAAAAUUUGUGGUAACUCCAGCACUCAUGACUGCACAUAUCUUGAAAGCACACCAGCUGCCCCAGAAGAGCGUUGUAGAAAUACUCCCAGGGGCUUUGCCAUGUAUAUAUAUAGACUUUAGGGACAAAACCUAUUUUGUAAAAGUAGUGCGAAAGGCUUUGCAUAUAAGUCAUUAAUCACUUGUUUUUUCUAAAUGCUACUGGCCUCCAUCUACGACCUUUUUCUAUAAUCUUCAUGAUGCCUUAAACUUAAUAUAAAUAGUGUGUAACAUAAGUGUCAAAGAAAAUUUUUUAGUCAUGCAGAGUUCGCAACAACACCAAAGACUUGGUCAGCUAUGAAAUUGCUUCUGACACAUUCAAAAAAUAUUGAUAGGAUGCUAAUUAUCAGUAGUUUAACCUUGCAAUGCCCAGCAUAUCACGUUUGCUAUGUAACUUGAUACUUCAAUAUUCAAAUUUAAGCAUUACAAGCUUAAUGCAUAGCCCAUUCUAGCAUUUUUGAUGUGCUGUAGUGAGAUUUCACUUGUAGAUACUUCAAUUAUUAAGUAAUUACUAUAAAAACUCAGGUGUUGCUCAAAUAACAUUUUAUUUUGCUGUGGGUUGCUUUUAUACUGAGUGUGCAAAACAAAACCUACUCGUACAAUAAUUUCUGACAGACCAAGAAAUACCAACUCCUUGCAUAAUAGAGGAGCAGCCGGCAAGCUCACACGUCAUUCUAAAUCAUGCUAUGACUUCUGCUUUUGUAAUCUCGCUUGUAAGCGGAUCGUAAUUAUUAUAAACGCUGGAUCUGCUGAAGUGGUUGACCACAAUUAGGCAUUUAGCAAUAAAUGACUUGCAUUUCAGUGAACUUUACUACAUAAGGUACUUGCAAUGAAAAGUUUUCUCUGACAGGCCAGUAAUUUCCACAUUGCUAGCAUCCUGCCGCAUGGUUCCCGCACAGCCAGCCCAUGAAAAGGAAAAUUCUGAAGACAUACAGGAACAAUAUAGCGCGCUGCCCAUUUGUGCUUGUUUCUCGUACCCUACCUGCGCGGAAUCAUACCCAGCAAGACAAUUGAAAACGGAGAUAGCUGGAAUUAAUACAGAGUUUAGAAGUUACAGGGCAGGGUGAUGGCGUGUACAAGAGUUAAAGGGCCCCUGAAACGGUUCGGACAAAUUUUGUAGACGCGUAGGGUACAGCUUAAGUAGAACAUUCGCACCACAAUUUAAGUGAAGCGUUACGUAUUAAUGGAGCUACAAGCGAUUAGAAGUUACCCUCCUCCCCAGCCAUGCUUUUCCUCCUCAACUCGUUCGCCGAGCGAGCGGGGCUAAGCUCCGCCUUCACUGGUCCUGCGUCACGAUGCGACGUCAACAUCGUCCACUUCCGGUUUUGGAGCCCGUCCCCGCCCGCGCGACACCUCUCCGCUAGCCGCUUGGCUGUCGACCCCAAGCGAGAGCUAUCGAAGCAGCGUGCGUUGCGAGCAUUCUGUCGUAGCGCCGAACGUGUCUGAUAUCCCUUUAACCACAGGCAAGCUGGUCAUUUCGGCAAAUGACUGGAGGCAUAAGCUCAAGCUGAUGAAGGAACUUUGGCGUAGACGUACAGUCGCGGACAGAAUAUUAUGGACCAUGAAAUCUAAGAAAAAGCCGAAUAUUUCCGCAACCUCACAACGCAAUCUGGUAUUUGCAUUUUGGACCUCGACUAGUAUAUGCUAACAACGUUAUCGUGGGCAGUUUUACUGGUUACUGCUACAGGCUGCUCGGGAAUUGAACGUUUUCGGAGAUCCCGUGGUCCACUUUAUUCUGUCCGUGAGUGUACAUGAGCGGCCUGAUUGGUCUGCACGGUCCAGACACUUGUUGGCGCAGCGCUUAAACAGCCAAACAAAGCGCUAAUAUUGCUCUAAUCUAGUGUAAAACAUUUUAAACAUUUAUGAAAACAACGUGUUGAUGAUUACACUCCUGCGAAAAAUACACACCAGCAGCGAAGAAUACGCUUCUUUGCUACUACUGUGUAUGGCUGAGCUCUCUGCCACCAGGUGGCUGCACCGUGCAGACCAUUCACAUUUGCCCUUCUGCUCAUCUCGGCUCAUCCCGUUACGGCACAGUCAAGCGGCCAGACCCUGUCCCCUUGCGCUUGCGUUUGCCCUAAUACGGGACUCGCGAAACGCUAUUGCGUUAGUAAUCUUCCGGUGUAAAGUGACGGCCACAAACGCGCAAAUCCUGGCGCGGAUCGGAUAUAGCGGCAGUCCGAUGCGCCGCAGCCAGUUCGCUCGUACGCUGCCUUGCAGAGGGACACGAUGUCGCAGCUUGACAUAUUGCCAGUCGCUGCCAGUCACAAGGCAACAAAGUCGAAUCAUAGUGCUCGCGAAAAGACAGACCAACUCUGACCGCGGAGCUCUCGUCAAAAUGGAGUACGUUGUAACACAAGCAGACGACACUUGCUGUGUGCCGGAAGUGCUUAAGUGCACUGAAAAAUUGUUCUUGUGCAUUCUCUUUAUGCUACUUUCUUUUUAUAAAAACAAAUUAACUAACAUUCCAACUAUUAAGAAGAUCAUUUGUUUACCAUAAAGUUGGAAAAAUUAUCGAUCACGCGCCCUGGUCAGCCAAUCGGAUAGCUCGCCCCACCGACGUCAUAUGGGUAAUUUCGGUCAUAUGGGUAGGGGCGGCUUAAAAUUCCGCCGGGCAGUGCGCUGCGAUCGGCAGCGAUGUGCAUUUUUAAAACGUUAUAAUAAAUUACACGCUUUACGCGGAGCACUUAGAUGUGUCAAUUAAUGAUCAGAAGGACCUACUCUAACGACUCAGUACGUUUGUAGAAAAUCGUCAAAAGCGUUUCAGGGUCCCUUUAAAACAGGCCACAGGAUGAGUGCUGUCACACACUGUCUUCUAUUGAAACAGCAUAAAACAUAGUCACGUCUCUAAGCACGACUAUGCAAUGAAAAAAAAAAAACAAUGCCUCUUGCGCAGAUAUGCGACCCCCCCUUUUUUUUUUCACGGACAGCACGAGGGAGAGUUGGCUAAUGCAGUGAUUACUAAUGGGAUAAAGAUUUUAUCACACGAAGUUUCAGCACGCGGACAGCUAUCAACCGUACCAUACGUAGUGCUUCACAAUAAAGACAGCUCUGUGCCGCCGCAUCCGAUUGACAGAGUAAAUAUCUACCUGUGCGAGCACUUUGGCUUUAUCCCAUUUUCUUUGGUGCAGUUAUGCUCACACCCAUGUGGGCUGCGCGUUUUUUUUAUCGAGCUUACCACAAAAAACAUUUGCGAUACAGCGCUCCUUGCGCAUCCGUUUUGACUUUAGUACGCAUCGUUACUAUAUCCGCUAUAAUUUCCAAUCAACAUAUCCCAAGCUCAUCCAAACUGCCGAGACAUAUUUGCCGGAAGAGGACACGCGCGAAAAAAAAAAUGAAGUCACAUUGAUGACGCGGGCAGCAUGCGUCUUCCUGUUUCGUGCGCGAGUCCUCUUUGCGGCGAAUGUGUCUUUCAGCGAAUGCCAACAAUGCCAAAAAAGCAGUUUAACCUAACUGCACCGCUAGUGCUCAUUCACAUGGCCAACACGGAAAUAUCCCUGAGUACCGUGCAUUUCUACAAAAUAAUGUCCAAGAAAAAUAAAGUAAAUUAGCAGCGUACGGCUACUUUUCCAAGUUUUUCUAAGGUAAACGUCUAAAGCAAGCAAACAUUCAUGCCAGACCUACUCGGUCAGAGGUGCUGGUGGAAGUAAUAAGGUUCGGAAAUACGAGAAUAAAUAGAGGGUGGCGUUCGUCGUGUGCUCUUGGUCCUCGAUUUUUCACGCCUUAUUCAUUCGACCACAAAAUAAAACACCAUCGCGGCUAUAAACGAAAUGUCAAGCUACCGGCUCUUCGUUAUUAUGUCCUUUACGACAGCAAUACCCAGACGAACACAGAGGGGCGUCGGCACUAUGCGCUGUAAACUGCGAACUAUGCAUUAUGAAGUCGUCCAGAUCACUACGCGUAUCCUAUAGCUGGCGGUGAAGCGCGGGAAAUCCUAUAUUCCGCUGCGACUUAAUAACUGUACGGCUAAUUAUGCGCAUCAAAAUAAGUCCUACCGUGAUUAUGAACAUAUUCUAAAGCGACCGACUCUUUGCUUUUGAAGUAUAUCACGAUAGCAACACCCACACAUGAAACAGGGAGGGCUCAGCUACCUUUAAGCUAGUGAUGGAAACAUCUGCAUUGACGGAAACUCAGCAUACUUCCCAGUUGUGCCGGAUCUUCCGGGCUGCCGCCAGAAGGAUCUUUAACAGCAGCCACUUCCGGAGGUCCCGGCUGCGACGCUUAAGCUGGGCAAGCUUCUUCCCGGCCAACUGCUCAGCGCCUCUCACGUUCAGCGACAUGGCAGAGCAGACACACGAGCAGUUUUUGGUGGAAGGCAGAAUGCAGAUCACCGAGCAGCACCGCGAAAAGCUAUAGAAUGUGAAACCAGGCACCGAGAUUGUGACAUGCAGCCUCCCUUCCCCAAAUGAAACAGAAUGAAGAGGCGAGGGUGAAUAUCCCCACCACUUGACUUUUUUCGGGCGGAAAUCUGCGGUGCCCUUUCCCAAAAAGCAAGUGCGCCUGAAAAGGGAGCAAGUUGUAGAUCGGAAAACUGCACGUGGAAGGGAACCGGGACCGACCGUUCUGAUGGCGUCAAGGUGGUUAUCGUCACUAUCUCUCAGACUGUGCGCCCACUAUUGUUGCCACUGGCGGCUUUCUAGGACACAAUUAUGGCUACGCUGAAAAAAAGUUUGGCGUGGGCUUUAACACUGCGCUCCCGGUACUUUUAGGCGCGCGUCUAUCAACGGGACAUUGCGUUCCCGUCCCCAAAAUGUUUAGCGCAGGGUGUUAAGGGAAACGUGCGCAAGACUGACGAUGAUAAUUUAUCGCUAGAUUAUUAUGAUCUUGCACAGUAGCAUCGGAAUGGCUUCGGUACACAAGCACGUAGCGCUUCUAGACCUGGCGAAGAAACGGGGCACUCUCUAAAGUGGCUUUUAUUGCACACUUCUAUGCAACUUCAAUGUGCUCUGUGCUUGCGUGACCACAAUGCUCUUCGACUCUUCAGUUUCCCGGUGGCUUUCGGGCGGUGUUGCUGAAUUCACCUUCGCUACACCCGCAACCUUUAAAGCGAGAAUUUUGUGCAUGAAUUUUUUUCUUCAGUUUCCCCAGUUGGGCA